UUUGAAAAACUUGGUGAUUACUUUACAGAAAACUGUGGUUCACAAGUCUUUUUGAUUCUGUACAUUGUGUUGCCUAUAGUAGCUUUAGGCCUUAUAGUUGGUGGGGUGACUCUGUACCUGUGUAAGAAGAGAAACUCAGCUGAUUUUGGAAGCAAGACUGACACAGAGAAGUCCCCCUCUCAUGAACAACCACGCUAUAUGGCGAGAAAUAUGGAUAUCAUGGCUUCAACUUCAAACCAAGGUCCAAGGCAAGAAUAUGAAAAUGUUUUUAUUGGUCACCUGCAAACAAAACCUCAUGAUUACUCAAAAGAAAAAUGCAGACCAGAAGCACCAAGUAAACAAACCAUGGAAGAAGGCAUCUAUUUAGAGAGUGAUGUCAAUGAGGGCAAUCAACCAAUUUACAGCAACACGCAAGGAGUAUAUUACAACUAUUGUAAUCAAGGUGAUAUUGGUAUAAACAAAGAAGAUGAUGAUGUGUAUAUUUUACCUGAUCACUGA